AUGGCUGUUGAAAAGCUGUAUGAAAGUGACAAUUUCUUAGUUGUAAAUAAACCUUACGAUAUGUAUAUCAACUCGGACGAUGAAUACGAAAAGAACACCGUAACUUAUCACAUUGCGUCUCCUGACUCACAUCUCUCCACGUCCGUGUUCCCGCUACAUUUCGUACAACGUCUCGACUAUGCUACUAGUGGUGUGCUGUGUAUUGCAAAGAACAAAAUGUCAGCUAGCAAAGCUGGCAAACUGUUUGAGAAUAGAUCCACUAAGAAGUAUUAUUUAGCGGUUUUGAGAGAUCACAUAAAGUUUGAAGUGGCCGAUAUACAGUUUGAUGUUGGUCUAGAUCCAUUAACUCAAAGCUCAAGUCAUAGAAUGUCGGCACUCACCACAGCAGAAGGAACCGCUAACUGCAUACAGUGUAGGAGUGCCCACACACGUGCUUUGAGACUUGAAACAGGCUACUUUGAGGGAGAUCCAGUAUCUGUCGUUUUACUAAAGCCUAUUACAGGUCGUCGUCAUCAACUUCGCGUUCAUUGUAGUGCGAUUGGUCACACAAUACUAGGAGAUUACACUUACAGCGGCACCAAAGACAACAUGACGCACAGGAUGUAUUUACACGCAACAAGACUAGUCUUGCCAAUACCACAAGAGCCUUUGGACAUUCAAACAUCAGAACCAUUCCAUCUGGAUCAACAGUUUAGUACAAAGUGGAAAUCAAAAGACUCGUACUAUAAAUAUAGGAAUAAAGAAGAAUUUUUAAAUGUUUGCGAUAUUCUGGAUCAACCUUAUGUAAUUGGAGUUCAAUAUAAAAAGUUUACAAUGUAA